AUGGCUUCUAAUCAUUGGUACAAAAUGAGUGCCGAUGUUUCCAAAUUUAAUGGAUGCUAUAUACAAAUCAAGGAUAGCCACCCAAGCGGUCAUAAUGACACACUUGUUAUCAAUUUGGCAAAGGACCUUUGGAGCAGCCGUAACAAAAAGAGAAAGUUUCCAUACACACAUUCUUUGGAAAUUCUUCGAGAUCAACCGAAGUGGCAAGAGUUUGUAAAAAAGGAUGGUGGUUCAUCAAAGAGAACAAAAGUUUCUGCUGGGGAUGCCUACACUUCGUCAUCGUCAAAUCCAGAUGCAAGUGAGUCUAGUAGAAGUGUACAAAACAUGGAUGAUCGACCACCAGGACAAAAGGCAGCAAAAGCAGCAGCAAAAGGUAAGGGGAAGGUGAAUAAGAAGAAAACUGAUGAGGUCUCUGAGAAGUGGGAAAAAUUUCAAGAUAUACAAAUGAAAAAAUUAUCUUUAUUCGAGGAGCGCAUUCGAGUUCAAGAGUUUGAGCUUCUUUGCAAGGAUACCUCGAACAUGAAUGAAAGAACUUUGCAAAAUCACAUACAAGUUUGUGAAUCUUAA